AUGGCGACCAAGAAGCCCAACAUUCUCUACAUUAUGGCCGACCAGAUGGCCGCGCCCUUGUUGUCUCUGCACGACAAGACCUCCCCUAUUAAGACCCCCAACCUAGACCGCCUCGCCGAAGGUGGUGUAGUCUUCGACUCGGCCUACUGCAACUCACCACUGUGUGCUCCAUCUCGCUUCGUCAUGGUCAGCGGUCAACUGCCAUCGAAGAUCGGCGCCUACGAUAACGCCGCGGACUUGCCGGCUGAUACCCCUACUUAUGCCCAUUAUCUCCGCAAUGAGGGCUACCACACAGCCCUCGCCGGAAAGAUGCACUUCUGUGGUCCGGACCAGCUCCACGGUUAUGAACAGCGUCUUACUAGUGAUAUCUACCCCGGUGACUACGGCUGGUCCGUCAACUGGGAUGAGCCUGACAUCCGUGCCGAUUGGUAUCACAACAUGUCUUCAGUCAUGGAGGCGGGCCCUGUUGUCCGCACUAACCAAUUAGAUUUUGAUGAGGAGGUUAUCUACAAGUCUCAGCAGUACUUGUAUGAUCACGUGCGCCAGCGCACCGAGCAGCCUUUCUGUCUCACAGUCUCUAUGACCCACCCACACGACCCUUAUGCCAUGACCAAGGAAUUCUGGGACUUGUACAACGAUGUCGAGAUCCCGUUGCCUAAGAAUGGAGCUAUCCCACACGACCAGCAGGAUGCCCAUUCCCAGCGUGUGCUGAAGUGCAUUGACUUGUUUAACAAGGAGAUGCCUGAUGACCGUAUCCGUGCUGCCCGUCGUGCAUACUAUGCUGCUUGCACAUAUGUUGAUACCAACAUUGGCAAGCUGCUCAAGGUCCUCGACAACACUGGCCUUGCCGACGACACUAUUAUUGUUUUCACCGGUGAUCACGGUGACAUGCUUGGCGAGCGUGGCUUGUGGUACAAGAUGACCUGGUUUGAGAACUCGGCUCGUGUGCCUUUCCUCGUUCACGCUCCCAAGCAUUUCACUCCGAAGCGUGUCUCCGAAAAUGUCUCUACCAUGGAUCUCCUUCCCACAUUCGCCGAUCUCGCAGGCGCCAAACUUAUCCCUGGAUUGCCACUUGAUGGUGUCUCUUUGAUGCCAUACCUGACUGGCGGUGAAGGUCUCCGCACUGAUACAGUCUACGGUGAAUACAUGGGAGAGGGCACUCAAGCUCCUCUCAUGAUGAUUCGUCGUGGCCGCUGGAAGUUCAUCUACUCCGCCAUCGACCCGCCUAUGCUGUACGACCUGGCCACCGACCCCGAGGAGAAGAUUAACUUGGCGGCCGGUCUGCCUAUUCCAUUCAACUCGACCCGUGCACCAGUCGCCAAGCCAUCCAGUCUGGCAGCACCAGUCAACCUGCCAACUCCCAUUGAAACCCCACACGCAUCGCCGAUUCCUCAACGCAUCACACAGACAGACUACCCCUUCCCCUCGCCUACUCCCCCUCGCACCCCAAGUCCAGCCAAGCUUGCACCAGCAUUGCCCAACACUACUGAGCCCGCCAAGAUCUUGGCGUUCUUCAUCGAAGAAACCAACAACCGUUGGGAUCUGGAGAAGAUCCGCCAGGACGUCUUGUGCUCGCAGCGUCGCCGCCGUCUCGUCUACUCUGCCUUGAUCAAGGGAACUCCAUCGCUCUGGGAUUUCCAACCCCACGUUGACGCAUCCGCUCAAUACGUGCGCAACCAGGGCAAGGGCGCUCUCGACGAUGUGGAGCUCAUCUCGCGCUGGCCUCGUGUGUUGCAGCAGGCAGCCACUGCCAACGGGGUCUCCGCCUAG